UACAACUAUUCCUAUUCGAUCAAUCUCGUAACUAAGCGCAAUUGUAGUCUUCUUUUUCAACCCGAUUUUGCGUGUAUAAAAGACUUUACUCCACGUAGGUCUUAAUGUAAUUGAUAUUUCAACUUGGCGGUUAUAAACAUUCACUACGAGAUGGGUUCAUUCAUUCGAAUACGACGGAAGUUUAUAUCGACUAUCAAUUGUCUAAAUCAUGUCUUGAACAAGUUCAAAGAAGUCAAGCUUGGCCGUUCUAUAUUGUUACUUCUUUUGGCAAACUUAUUGAUCUUACUAUACCCUGAAUUUAAGUGGCCCUUUACAAAGGAUACAAUUCUUAUAAAUAUACGUGAUGUUGAUACUUUUGAACGAACAUCACCUUUGGUUAGUGAUUGGCUAGUGAGAAGUUAUUUUCCAAAAAGUAUAUUACAAUCUAUAUUUGUUAAUUCUUCAAUUGCCAGUAAUGAUUCGGAUAUAUUCCAUACCAAAGUUUAUUCACAAAUUAAUAAACAAUAUGAUCCUAGACUAUUACCUGCUCUUUGGAUUAACUCUUUAACACAAUAUUUGAAAGAUAGUCCUAAUGAUGUUGAUUUCAGUUUACCAUUUUCAUGGUCAAGUUUUCUAGAUAUACAAAGUAAAAGAAAUGAAUUAUCAAUUGGUGUAGACUUAUCGGUACUUAAUUGUGAAAAAUUUUCUAGUAUUUUUAAUAUAGAUCAUACUAAUGUAUCAAGAGUAUGUACUAGUUUGAAAAAUUCUCCUAAAGGUUAUCCAAAAUUUAAGAUUAUAGGUCCCAUAGAUGAUACAAUUGAUGAAAAUGCAAGAAAAGUUAUAGGUUUAAGUUAUAUGCUACAUGGAGCUCCAAAUCCUGAUCGAUUGGUUCUUUUAGGUAUUGGACCAAAUAAAUCUGGUAUAAGUAUACCAGUUAAUGAAAUGAGUAAAAGAAAUGCUUACAGUAAACUGGAUUUACUGUAUCUAAUAUCAAAGUAUAUAAAUUCAAUUCCUCAAUUUAAUGUAUCAAUUCCUUCUACAAACAGUAUUAUACUAAGAGAUGAAUUACGUCAACUUCAUAAUUAUUGGGAUCAAUUUGAACAGAAUAUAUCAUUUGCUUCACCAUAUAAUUUCAAUCAUGAUAUAUUCCAAUUUCUAGAUAACAAUCUGGAAAUACCAGAAACUAAAUUAGAUGAUUUUUAUUUUGAUGUAGAUGAAACAAUACAACUAGUUGAAAGUCGUGUUAAAAGAUCUUAUGAUGGUAAUGGUAUAAAUGAUUUUGAUAGAAGAUUACUUUCAGUUAUUAAUGAUAAUUUGGAAUUCAUGCCAAACUUCACCAAAUAUUUUCAUGAAGCUCAUUGCUUAGAUACCAAAAAAGGUGCUCAUUAUGAUUGGAGAUUCUUUAAGAAGAUAACUUAUAGUGAAUAUGAAAGAAAAGCUAUUUUACAUCGUCUUACUCGAGCUUGGUUGAGAUUUGCAAAUUCUGCGGGAUUAUCUACUUGGCUAGCGCAUGGAUCUUUACUUGGAUGGUAUUGGAAUGGAAUGAGUUUACCAUGGGAUGAAGAUUUAGAUGUUCAAAUGACUUCUGAGUCAUUGUAUUUAUUAGCUAGAAAUUUUAAUCAAAGUUUGGUUAUAGAUUUAACUGAUAAUUUUGAUGAUAUUAAUAUUGGUAUGGGUGCUUAUCUAGUUGAUGUAAGUUCCAACUUCUUUAGUAGAGAUAAAGGUAAUGGGUAUAACUCUAUAGAUGCAAGGUUCAUUGAUACUUCUACUGGUUUUUAUGUUGACAUUACUGCAUUGAGUUAUACUGAGGCAGCAAAAACUUUUGAUACUAAAGGAUUGAAAUCAUUGGAAUUCAAUCGAAUGUUAGAACCUGAAUAUCUUGAAAAGGAAGAUUCCAAUACAGUUGAUUCUGAGCAAUUACAUCAAUCAUUAUUAUUCAAAAGAGAUGAUCUUAUCAAACAGAGAAAUAUCUUUAAUUGUCGAAAUAAUCAUUUCUAUACGUUAGAAGAUAUUUCUCCUCUUAAGAGAACAAUGUUUGAAGGUGUUAUAGCAUAUGUUCCUAAUGGGUAUAAAAAGAUCUUGGAAAGAGAAUAUAAUCGAUCAUUAUUAUUAAAACAAUUUGAAGGUCAUACAUUUAGGCCUGUGUUAGGUUUAUGGAUUUCCAGUAAAAUUUGUAAAAGAGAUCCAAUUGGCAAUCAAUGUUUUCAUGAUGAUGUAGUACUAGAAGCUAAAUAUACUAACUCAAUGACUACUAAACAUAAAGUAGAAAUGAGACUGAUUAAUAAAGCUCCAAUUAUAUAUUCUAAAGAAGAUGAAUUACGAGCAUUUAGGUCAGAUCCGUGGAUAAUUUCAAGAUGUAAUUCUCUAAGGAAUAUAAUAGAAAAUUUGUAAUAUACAUGAUUUAUGACUUAUUUACUAAGUUAAACUAUAUAUAUAUAUAUAUAUAUAUAUAUAU